CCGACCUGGCUGUCCAUGUUCCGUGGAGGGUCCGCAUAUUUUCGCACCCAAUAACGUGCAUAUUAUUAGUAUUAUACAAAUUUUAUGAUUUUAUUACAUAUAUAUUAAAAAUUAAACUAACCAUAAUGCAGAAUCAGAGGGAGCUUAAUUUAUUGAUGGCAAAAAAUAUAUACUGCAGCUAAAACGAGUGUGGAAAAAUUGGGCGAAAUUUUUUAAAUGUUUUUUUAACAAACACCAUGCAAACAGCGAAAGUCAUUUAAAUGUAAAUGAACAUUCAAAUUUAAUGGCUGAACAUAAACCUUUUUUUAAUUCUUUCUUCUCGCGGCCCUGUUCCAAAUGAUCCGCAGACGCGUAUCUGGUGUUUAUGGACCCCUGGAUCACAUCUCCUCUGGUCCAUUUGAUACUAGUCUGCCCUGGUUUGGACCUCUUUGGCCUUCCACGUGUCAGAGUUUGGAGGAUGGUGUGGUCCGCACCCCGCACAGGCCACUUCAUCCCCAUUGUUGGAAUAAUUGCGCACUGAACAGGGUUCCUCAGAACGAACCGGGACAUUAUUGCAAAGAGAAAUAGAGAUAAUUGGAUAUAUUUCGUCUCGAUUUGCAGUAUUGCUUGUUGACUACAGGCUGUAGGAUUUCUCUUUUUAAUUACAGACAUCUCUCGCAUCAUUCGCAGCAUCUCCAAGAUCCGAGAAACUGCGGUGCGUAAAAAGCGCGUUUCCUUUCCAAGGACACGGGGAUGACAGCAGAGCGUCGGAGCUCCUGGGAUUUCCCAUUCUGCAUCAUGGCAGUGAUUUGAAGCGUGCGUGUGUGUGUGUGUGUGUGUGUGUGUGUGUGUUAUGAGUAAACAGUCGUCAGUGUGAUGAUAGGAGACGUAAUGACGCUGUUGUCUCUCUUGGGUCGCAUCAUGCGUUAUUUCUUGCUCCGACCGGAGACGUUGUUCCUGUUGUGCAUCAGCCUGGCCCUAUGGAGCUACUUCUUCCACACGGACGAGGUGAAGACCAUCGUCAGGUCCAGCCGCGACGCGGUCAAGAUGGUCAAGGGCAAAGUGGCCGAGAUGAUGAUGAUGCAGGACGUGAACGGCGGCGGCCUGCACGUGAUGGAUGGCGAGUUCUCCAAGACCUGGGGCUUCAAGAGUCACAACGUGGCUGUGUACUCCAUCCAAGGCCGCAGGGACCACAUGGAGGACCGCUUCGAGGUGCUCACCGACCUCGCCAACAGGAGCCACCCAUCCAUAUUUGCCAUUUUUGAUGGACAUGGUGGCGAGGCAGCUGCUGAUUAUGUAAAGGCUCAUCUGCCCGACGCUCUGAGACAACACCUGCAAGCUUCCGAGCGGGAGAAGAAGGACAGCCAACUUUCGUUCGCCUCCAUCCUGGAGCAGCGUAUCCUUGCUGUAGACCGGGACAUGGUGGAAAAGUUUUCUGCCUCUCACGAGGAAGCGGGUACGACGUGUUUGGUGGCUUUGUUGUCGGAUCGAGAGUUGACGGUGGCGAACGUGGGUGACUCACGGGGCGUUUUGUGCGAUAAGGACGGUAACGCCGUGGCUUUAUCUCACGACCACAAACCCUAUCAGCUGAAAGAGCGCAAGCGGAUCAAACGUGCAGGGGGCUUCAUCAGCUUCAACGGCUCCUGGCGAGUGCAGGGCAUCCUGGCCAUGUCGCGCUCGCUGGGCGACUAUCCACUGAAGAACCUCAACGUGGUGGUCUCUGACCCUGAUGUGCUGACCUUCGACCUUGACAAACUACAGCCGGAGUUCAUGAUCCUGGCUUCGGACGGCCUGUGGGACGCGUUCAGCAACGAGGAGGCCGUGCGCUUUGUCCGCGAACGCCUCGACGAGCCGCACUUCGGCGCCAAGAGCAUAGUGUUACAGUCGUUCUACCGCGGCUGCCCCGAUAACAUCACUGUCAUGGUGGUCAAGUUCAAAAGCGACAAGAACGGAGACUAGAGCUUUAUUAUUUUUUCCUUUAGAACUUUUCUAUAGAAACACAUGCUUCCUAAGAAUAUCGUUUUUUUUCUUCCCAGACGUGCCAAACAGACAACCUUUUCCUCUAAUUUAACCCGAGAAACGCCCAGUGAACUGGCAACUGAUCAUGCAUCUAUUUUUUUAUUUCAUAUAAAAAUAUCAAAUUCUGCCUGAACAUAUCAUAUGGGUCUUGGCUACAAUACAUGGAUGCUGCUUAUGAUCUGCUAACGCUAGUAGUGCUCGGGUUAAAAAAACGAAUCCUGGUGAUUAAAAUCGAAUAAAGGAAAUCAUUCGGC